GGCUCAUUCUUCCCCACCCACAAAACUCAUAUUCUCCUCUCCUCCUCGUCCAUCCAUGGCGGCCAAGGGGGAGGACGGCGGCGGUAACAAGGGGCGGUGGGGGGACGAGCCUCGGAUGCGGGGCGUGCGGAAGCGGCCGUGGGGCCGGUACUCGGCGGAGAUCAGGGACCCCGGGAAGAAGAAGCGCGUCUGGCUCGGCACCUACGGCACGGCCCACCAGGCCGCAAGGGCCUACGACGCCGCCGCCCGCCGCCUCCGCGGGCCCAACGCCAAGACCAACUUCCCCCUUCUUCCUCCUGCUUCAGCCGCCGCCGCCAACGCCGUGCCGUUCGCGUUCCUCCACAAGGCGCCAUCGGCGGGGAGCAGCAGCGCUGCUGCGGGGUCCUCCUCCUCGGGGGCUACUUCUUCGUCUUCGACGUCGUUGUUCCGGUUCCGGGAGGAGUCGCCAGCGGGGUUCCUGACGGCCGCGCCGGCUGCGUCCUUGGAGCUCACGCUGGGGAUCGUCGUCCCGGCUAAGGCCGCGGCGGUGGCGUUCGACCUCAACUUCCCCCCGCCGGCCGAGAUGUGAUGUGAUGUAGAUCCAAGCUAGAGAGUAAUUAGCUGACCGUGAUCCAAAAGUUAAUUAGUUCGUUGCUUGUUCAUCCAUCCAUCCAUCCGCUGGAUUUUUAGCUUGUUGUUGUACCGAUGAAUCAUGUGCUCAGUCGAUCAGUGUAAAGUAGGCAGCAGAUCUGUGUACCGUGUAAGCUGUUUUAGCUGUGAACUCAGCAAGGAAUGCAGACAGAUUUUACAGCUUUC